CCCCCUUAAAAUCCGCUUAUGAGUAAGAGGUGCCGGAUCUGGCCAAAUAAGUCCCGGGAGGAGGCCAAAAUCAAGAGGUACAGGAUCUUGUUCUGGCAGGAUCUGACACAAAUUAACCCCUGCUGUUAAUGAUUUAUUAUUAAUAGUGAAAAUUCCUCUCAUGUUUAUUGGAAACAGCAAUUACUCCACCACAAUGUGUUUCCUAAUGUUGACCCCCCCCCCCCCUCCCCUCCUGGUUAUAAUAUCAAAAUAUAGAUUGAGUUGUACGAGCGAAGCAUCUAAUCUGGAACGUGAGGUUGAAAUUUGGGCUGAUUCUUUUUUUUUUUUUUUUUUUUUUUUUGAACUGGCGGGCUUUACGGUUUGAUUGGGCUGGAGACUGUCUUUCCGAUCUGGUAACCCUCCCUCCCAAAUAAAAUGGAUUUCUUACUGUCAAUGUCAGUGAAUCUGUUAAUUACAUCUUCGCGUACCUCCAGCUGUGUUCAUAACUAACAUCAUCAAACGCCAUCAGCGCACACGUGCGAGCUCGCCCUUCUGUUUGCCGAUACAACCGACGGCUUUGUGUCCGUCGACCGACGCGAGGGAUGAAUUGCCCUUCUGUUCCACCGCACUGUGCCUUUCCAGCUGCAAGACAAAGCGUCACUUUGUUCUUCCUCUGGACGCGGUGGCGCUAUCAGAAUACACGCAAAAUUAUAGAUCAGCUGACCAGCUAUGACAUGAGACGACCGAGUGGCGAGCAGCUAGCAAGCGUCACUGCGUGUGACACCUGACUCCAGGUGAUGCCCUACUUGCACAGUGACAGCAGGCAGGUGGAACACUCCCAGGAUAGCUUCGCACACAAAACUAGACGAGAAGCAAAGGCGACAGGGCAAGUUCCAGCCCUUCAGGCGACUCUUUGGAAAAAAGAAGCAGAAGAGGGAAGCCCAAAGAGGUUUUAAUGGGGCACAGUUGAAGACCAGUUUCUCCACUGGUGAGGUGUGCAAUGGAGUUGUGUCCGAUGACGAGAAUGCAAGUCAAAGUCUAAGGGAGCUGAAUCCCGUCGGACCUCGAUCCCUGUCGCACGACAGCAUAUUCAUCCCGGAGGAAUCGGCCAAGCAGGCCAACCUAGAUCACACCAUGUCGCAGGAAAACGUCUCGGACAAAGUGAAGAAUUUGCAGAAGCAGAUCGCGCAGACUAUCAAGUUUGGGCAGAAGCCCCCUUCUCUGAGAAGAAGCGAGGGUGAUGAGGAAAGUUCUGAUGAAGAGACUCCACAGAGUCCUCUGAGAGUGAUGGCACAGGUCGAAACUGAGCCAGAAAAAGCGGAACCAGUGGUCCAAGCAGCCCCGCAAACAAGAUCGCAAGGUACACCUAUAAAGUCCCCCAGGUCCAAAAGAGUCCUUUCACCUGGUGGUACCAUCGAGUCUGUCAACCUGGAUGCUGUUCCACAAUCGGUGUCUUUCCUAGACAACUCUGCAGCCAAGCAUAAACUCUCUGUCAAACCCAAGAAUCAGAGGGUUUCACGCAAGCAUCGGCGGUUCACUCAAGACAGUCAAGAAGUAUCCAUCCCUGGUGUGGUGCAUGAGGACCAGGAAGUCCCCAGCGUCUCUGCAGAGGACCAACGCAAAUCGUCCACGGAGGAUUCACUAGAAGCCUUUGAGAAGAGACUAUUAGAAGAAGAACGACUGGAAGAAAAGAGAAAAAGGGAGGUUGAAGAAGAGGAAAGGAGGCAAAAAGCAGAGCGUCUGAGGAUCGAAGAAGAGGAGCGAUGCCGUAAGCGCGAGAAGAUCGAGGAAGAAAAGAGGCUCCGUGAGGAAGAGGAGAGAAGGAUGAGGAAAGAAGAGGAGAGGAGGCAGCGAGAGGAGGAAGAGCGCAAAGUGGAGGAAGCAAGGAGACUGAGGGCAGAGCAAAAAAGGAAGGAGGAAGAGGAGGCCAAGCGACAGCAGGAGCUUGAGGCUAAGCGACUACUUAUGGAGGAAGAGGAGAUCAAGAAGAAAGAGGCAGAGAAGCAGAGGUUACGGGAGAGCCAAGAGAAGAACAAAUUAGAGGUACAUCUAAGAAAAGUGGCGGGAGAUGAUGCAAAUGGAUGCUCGGAUCAUCAAGAAAGAAAGAGAAGAGCUGAGGAGCUUCGCUGGCGGGAGAUGGAGGAGCGGCAGAAGCCUUUUUCCUUCCAAGUUUCCUCAGGAGAAAAAGAAAUCCUCUUUCCGAAGGUUAACCUGUCACCUGUUACAGCAACUGCUGCCUCACACGGAGAUGUCGUCAAUCCAAGAGAAGAAACAAAGGCCUCCUCCAAAGCACAAGACUCCCCCAACCGGCAGAUUUCUCCAUAUGUUCCCCACACCGCCAUCCUAGUGACUGGUGCCCAGCUGUGCGGCACUGCCGUGAAUCUUGACCAGAUCAGGGACACCGCCUGCAAGUCCCUCCUGGGUCUCGGUGAAGAUCGGAAGACCAAGGGCACGCCACCCGUCAAGACCAGGACGUCGCCGGACCGCAAGUCGGCCAAAACGAAAUCCCUCACAGAGUCCAUUGAGCCAGAUCCCGAGAGUGGAACAGUCCUGGCUGAGUGGGCCACCAUAAGAUCCAAAAUAUUCAAGGGUGUAGAGGAGGGCAGUGAGUACCCAGACCCGGCCAGGAGCCAACCUCAAACAAACCAGGAAGACCAGCACGAGUUUGCACACACGCAUCUGAGGAAGACCAUAUCUGCCAGCGCCAAGUUCUCCAUCACGCCUGCCAAAAAGAAGUUCGGAGAUUCAAAAAGGAACUCUGACUGCUCCAGUUCAAUGUCUGAUGAUAAAACUGGAGAAGUCACACCCUCUGACACUUCCACGUACGCCUCACCGACCGCAAACCGUAAAGCUCGGAACAGGACAAGUAAGAACCUCCGUAUCGCAGAAAGAGGAGCGGACGAGUGUGUGUUUGCCAAAGACCUCCCAUCUUUCCUUGUUCCCUGCCCCGGAGCCAAGACUGAAGGAAAUGAGUGGAAGGCCCGAGAUCGUUGUGUGUCAGCAGAUCCUGACAGCAGAGUGGAAGGUGAGGAGCUGAAUUUGGACAGCGAGGACAAGCCUUCACCAUUUGGCAUCAAGCUGAGGAGAACCAACUACUCACUCCGGUUCCACAGUGAGCAGUCCACUGAGAAACGGAAGAAACGCUACAGUGCCGGAGACAGCUUUGACGGCGUCCCCUCUCCCCUGACUCCUAUUGAGUUGGACUCUGAUGCCUCCCCUGUCUUUUCCGACCGAUCUAGUCCGGCGUCGCCUCAGAAAGAAACCAAUUACUUCCUCGGCUCAGCUUCCCCAGUAGUCCAACGGGCCAAUUUGAGCAAAUCCCCCAGCCCCGCGCCGCGAGGCGAUGGGGAGCACGUGCCCUCCAAACCAUCACUUUACCGCAGACCCGCUGCCUCACCCAAACUCAUCGAAGGUGUUCCUACGCCUCCUCUGUCACCACUUUCUAAAGCCAGUUACAGCGAGGUGCAGGACUUGUCUGGCCGGAGUCAGCCCACGGCGGUGGCCCAGCUGCAACGGAGCAGCCAAGGCCAAGGGGACGAAGACCCCAAGGAGAAAAGAUCCUUCUUCCCGUCCAUCAACAUUCCUUGGAGGGAAAAAGUCGACAGAAAAUCAGAGCUAAUCAAGAAAGAAAAACCUUCGCUUCAGAGCAGACACUCUCUGGACAGCGCUAGGGUGCAGGAGAAAGAGGCUGGCCCGCUGUGGAUCACGCUGGCGCUGCAGAAGCAGAAAGGUUUCCGGGAACAGCAACAGAACCGCGAGGAUCGUCGUAGCCAACGGGAAGCCAAGCUAGCAGAGAAGCAGUCCCGGGAGCGAGACAGUGUGGGCUUGGUGAUGCCAAUGAGCCCCACAGAGAGUCAAGGAGGAAGUGGGAGCGUCAGUCCAGGUUCUAAAGCUCUGAUGCAAGAAGAGCCCAAAAGACCAGACAGCCUUCUGGGACGCUUUGAGAGAAGAGAACAGCUAAAGAAAGCCAAUACAUUACCCAGCUCCGUCACUGUGGAAAUCGCCGACUCCAGCCCAUCACCCCCCGCAGUCAAAGAGGUGUCCAAGCGCUUCACCGCCAUGGACUCGACCCAAGUCUCCACUGAGCCUGCCUGGCUGGCACUUGCCAAGCGGAAGGCAAAAGCCUGGAGUGACUGUCCUCAGAUCAUCAAGUAAAAACCCCACCUCCAUAAUCCCUCAACCUCAUAAAUCCUCUCACAAAAUCAGCGGUCCCCAACGACCAGGCUGAGGACUGGUAAUGUUUUGUUGGAUGGAGACCGUUGGGGGAAAAAAAAAAAAAAAAUCGGUGAUUAUUAGCUCUUUUGCUGCCAUUGACGGUGAUAAGACAUCCAAUCCCUUUUGACUGGGAGGGGCGAGCUGCAAAUAACCACCGGGCUAAUGAUUGCGACAAUUUCAUUCAGCAUAAUGGAGAUUUAGAUUAAUACAGUGGUACCUUGACUUGGAAGUACCAGGCUGUAAUUCGUUGGAAGGGAUAAAUGGUAAAACACAAAAUACAUAUUAUGUGCAAAGUAUGACUUGAACUCAAGCUUGCAAUAUCACUUAGUAGGACACACCGUAAAGUUUUUGAACUGUAAAAGCAAUUCUUUAUUCUUUCAUCCUAUUGAUUUAAUAAUACAGCGGACCCUAUUAUUUUGAGGACACAUUGAGAAAUUGAUGCAUUUAAAAAAAAAAAAAAAGCUAUAGCCCCUUUUAGACUUCACAUAUUGGCCCGAAUAUAAGACGGCCUUGAUUAUAAGACGACCCCCUCUUUUUCAAGACUCAAGUUUGAAAAAAAGACGUUUUGAACACCAAAUUAAUUUUUAUACAGAAAAUAAUUACAGUAUAUCUGAAACAAAUGAUAAUAUAUUUGAGAGGAAAAGCACGUUAUUUUGCCUCAUUCAAAUCUUAAUAUCUGAACAUUUAAAUAUGCAAACUAAAGUGCAAUCACAUUCGUAAAUGAAUGGCUUCUGGUUUUUGAAAUGUAAAUAAACCAAUCUAUUGUGAUAAAACAACAAAAUUGCAAUAACUGCAUUAACCAUCAAAGAGAGGUCUAACUGUAACUGUAGUCUUGAAACAAAUCUGAAAUAAGGAAAACCAUUGCAAUAAAAUAAUGCAAAUUGAUUAAACUUGAGAGUAGCUGAGAUCUGUCAUGACCGAACAUUACUCAAGUUCAGCAUUCGCUUCAAUGAUAUCUGGAGCCAUCUAGCGUCGUGAAUGGGUAUAAUGUCUAGACCCCGAAUAUAUCACGACUCCUACUUUUUCAAUCUUAUUUCAAUGCAAAAAACGUCUUAUAUUCAGGCCAAUACGGUAUAUCCCGGUAAAUUCCUGUGUCAUGGCUUUCACACAUGGAGAGAUGUCCCGGGAAUAACCCAAGGGACACAUAUGAUCUAUGGCUGCUUACAAAAGAACACAAAAAUUUAGAAUCAAACCGUUUCCUACUGAAGAGUAUUCUUUAAGAAGCUUUAGUCCAAAUGCACUAAAUUGAAUGGCACUCAUGUUGGAUGCUGUAAAAUGGCUAGCAGUGAAAGACUUGAAAUUGUCAUGAUUUUUCAUUUUUGCUUUUAAACACCAAAAAUGUUUUUCAAGGGGUUCACGGCUGAUUUAAAUUCAUUAGGGUGGGAAAAUGUAUCACUUAUGUCAAGGUACCCCCUGUAUUUUCUUUCUGAGCAAGUCAAAAUAUUGCUUCCAGUCUGCAUUGCAAAAAUAAAAAAAUUUUAAAAAAGAGGAAAAGUUGGGGACCACUGCACUCCAUUCCCACACACACACACCAGCUCUGCAUGGAGACCAUACUACUGCACAAUGACUCCCAUUCACAGCGGCUGCACUCGAAUAUAUUUAAAGGUUGCAAGCAUGCGGCUAACACACCAAUCCAGCUUUUUAUUCCUAUUGUAGCCAAUCCCUGGGAUUGUAAAUAUUCAAUCAAGUGUGAAGACAGAAAGAUUCACUUGGGGUCUCCUUAAGGGCUAGCAGUGUUAUUUCCACUGUGUCCGUGACAGAAUGGUGGGGACUUGUUGGUUACCACCUGCUUGCUGUACAAUUGUAGAUCCUGUUCGUAGGCCAUCAUCAUCACUUCAUUGUUAAUGUUCUUCCUGCCGUAACGUGCAACAUAUAUACUGUAUGUAAGACAAAGCCUUCCGUUUCUUACCUUGCUGGUGUACGCAGUGUUAUGUGUAACAAAAAAAAAAGUUUGGUAUCAUUUGCACUUUUUUGGGGAGGGAUCCCCACUUACAAACGUAUAAAGGGAGGUCGGUGAAUGAAAAAAAAAAAAGAAUUUAAAUAAAUAUGUCUGAACUGAUUGGCUGCAUGAGUUGUUCUUUGAACAUGUUAAUUUUGCUCCUCACAACUUAUGGCUCAAAGUCCAUUUGUAAACAAUACACAUAAUCAUUCCGACAGCCAAUCACAAGUGAGCGUCCAAAUACCGCCGGUGAGGAGAACAGCUCCCCUGGAAGAGUCCGUGAGCACAGCUCGCUUCCGUCCCGAGCGUCCAGGAUGUAGACUGUGCCGUCAGUGGAGGCCACGCCCAGAAGCUCACCUCGCGUGCCACCGUCAAAUGCGCAGGAGCUGGCGAAUACUUUGCCCGCCGUCUGGAAGGUCCAAAGCGGGGAGCCAUCAGUGGCAUUCAAGCAGUACACGCGGCCGUCGUGAGAGCCGCACAAGAGCCUCUGAAGGUUGGAGGUCACGCAUGGUGAUGAGAAGACUGGGCCGUCCGUCAGGAAUUGCCAAAGCUGAGAGAAGGGAAAAAACUGAAAAAUUCUGAACAAACUAGCAAGCUAAAACCAAAAUGACCAUUUUUCAAAUAAUGUCACUGAAUUAUUUGUUAUAACGUAUGUAAUGCAUAACAUGACAAUAUUUUUAUGGUUUAAAUUCGUGUUGCAAUGGUUAAUCGAUUAACUCGAGUGAUUCGAUUGUUUAGAGUGGCAUAAUAGUUUGCUUUGAAAGUGCUCGCAUUGUUUUAUUGAUUUGGGUGGAUACACUGCCCUCUAGUGGCAACAGUGAAUAUGACAUAACUCAUUUAACAUGGCUGAAUCCAGCCGCUCCCUGUUAAGACCAACAUAAGCUAAUGUUUUUAUGCAUUCGUAAUUUAGUUUAUAGGUAUAUUUAGCUUUUUUGAGGGAACGUGUUUGAACGAUUAAGAAUAUUGUUUAAAAAAAAAAAAAAAAAACGAGCAUUUUAGCUAGCGGACUUUUGCUAUGUAAGUUAGCCAAUUCCUUUGUUGUACUUGGACCCUCAUUCAUUUAAUUUUUUAAUACUGUUUGAGGCUAAGCUCAGGUAUUUUAAUUUAUUUCAAAGAAAAAUGCAAUUCUGCGGAUUCAAGAAACUCAGGAAUUUUAUUUUGUUUGCAUUUAAUGCUCUUUUGAAAGUGUAAUCUUAGCAAGCCUUUGUUUUACAUCGCCUAAAAUUUAUUUUGUAACACAUUAAAUGUUCCUAAUCCAAUUAUUCGAACUAACUCGUUGAUAGAUGAAUCGACUACUAAAAUAAUCGAUAGCUGCAGCCCUAGUUCCAAUAUAUGAAUUUUAUAUAUCUAUAUGAAUCAAAUGAAACUUGGGUAUUACAAAAUUUUCAAAAAGUAAUCUUAAUUAGUUUACAUAUGUAAAUGCAUAUGAAUACAACUUAAAAUCAAUUAAAUAAUUAAAUAACACUACCCGAAUGAUUAUCAAUGUACAUACGUCUAAAAUAUUAAAAUCUAAAAAUAAAAAAUUUAAAAAAAAGAAAACAUCAGUUGAAAAUUUCACAAAAAGUUCAAAUAAAUAGGAAUUUUAUUAAUUACUUUUGAUUGUUCUUUAGAACCAUACAAUUCAAUUUACCAAGUUGAAAAAAAAAUCCUAGAUGACUACAAAGCUAGAAAGACAAUCAAAUUUAAUUUAACACCCAUUCAAUUUUUACCAAGCGGCAUCUAACUUGAACAGCAAGUGAUUUUUGUUCAAAAAAGAAAAAAAAAAAGCAUUUGAUUAGCCAAUUUCCUCACCAGUGUGCCCCCUUUGUCAAAGCAGAGGAUAUUCCCAUCCACCGACCCAAUGGCCACACUGGCAUCUCCGGCAACCUUUGGUGAGGAGAAGAAGGGAACGUUCCUGCAGUGCGACCACAAGACGUUGCCGCUGUCCUGAUGUCACAAAUCGACACAACUUGUCACCCUCUGUUGACCGAACUAAAACAUUUUGCCACUGACCGGAUUUAGACACAGCAGCUUGCCGCCUAGCGUGGCCGCGUAUAAAUGGCGGCAAGUUGUGUCCAGGUGGGGUGAGGAAAAGACUGCGCCGCUCUCGCAGUCACGCGUCCAAAUGCAUCGUUUAGCCUGGAAGAAAAAUGGAUACA